ACAUACAUUGCCAAUGCCAAGCCAACCAAAUUCAUUUUCAAUCAAUCUCUUGGUUUGUUUUGUAUUUUGAUCUUGAAUUUUAAAAUGUAUUGCAUGUGGCUUAGAACGUAAAAAUAGUAUUUAUUUGACAUGCAAUCUCAAGUUAUUUUAUUCUAUGAAAAAUGUAGGCUAUGUCUCGACAAGCCUGGAGUGCAAAACAUAUUCCAGAGCGAGGGUCUGGCACAAGAUAUUCUGCUGUGCACCGGAGUAAAUCUCAAACAGUCUGACAACCUUCCUCAAAAAAUUUGUUCCAAAUGUUUAAAGAUCACUCUGAAUGCAAAAGAGUUAAGACUACUCGCUACAAAGAAUGAUACACAUCUUAAAUCUCUUUUUGAUGCUGAUGUACCUGAUGAUGAAAUGAACUUUGAAGAUGAGGAUUCUGAUAGGCUAGUGAUUGUGGAAGACAUAACAGAAACUGUUCAGAAGGAAACUCAAAGAAAAAAGGCAACUCCACCGAAAACAAGACAUCAAAUUAAAGUGAGAAAAGAUUUGUUUGAAACACAGACUGUGACAUCAUCUACCAAAUUACAAGUGGACUCUGGCUCCCCCGUAAAAGCUACUCCCACACAAACCAAUGUCUGUGUGAAAAAGUUUAAGAAAGAAUUGAAAGACAAUGAUGAAUUGAGAUGUGAGGUAUGUAACAAAGUAUUCGACAAAUGGAAAAAGCUGUAUCUCCAUCGGCGAUUGCACAACAAGACCAUUGCCUGUCCACUAGACGGUUGUGGAAAGUCGUUUGCUACAAAAGGAGACUUGGAGAAGCACCUAAGGAUACAUACGGGGGUCAAACCUUACCAUUGUGACGUCUGUGGCCAAAGCUUUACCCAGAAUAGUUCGUUGAAAUCUCAUCUAAAAAAUGUGCAUAAAGAAUUGGAUUCCUGACGUCAGUAAAGUGCAACGCACGAAAGUAAUGGCUAGUGAUCGGGACUUUGGUGGGUGAAGUUCUAUUUAUUUGAAUUUACUUAAAUAAAACCCAUCUACAUGCGUGCACGAGUCCACUGCGACGCGGGGUUAGUGUUGUUGAACUAUCAAGAA